GAGGAACUCCCUGGCAACGACUAUGUAACAUCACUGCCCGAAGAGAAACAAGGGAAGCAACCUUCCGCUCUCCGGCGCGCUUCCGUUUCAAACCCUAACUUCCGGUUCGUUAGCCGGUUCCGGUCCCCGCCUCUCACUUCCGGUCGCCUUGGAUUCCGCUGCGGACGGUUUCUGCGUUCACUGCUGCCGGUUCCGCCGCGCUCCAGGUAUCUUUUUCUGAACAAAAGCUGCCUCAUCGUAUGUUUCAAGGAUGGCUCUUCCUAUCAUUGUAAAAUGGGGUGGACAGGAAUAUUCAGUGACCACACUUUCAGAAGAUGAUACUGUGCUAGAUCUCAAACAGUUUCUCAAGACCCUUACGGGAGUGCUACCAGAACGCCAGAAGUUACUUGGACUCAAAGUUAAAGGCAAACCUGCAGAAAAUGAUGUUAAGCUUGGAGCUCUCAAACUGAAACCAAAUACUAAAAUCAUGAUGAUGGGAACUCGUGAGGAGAGCUUGGAAGAUGUCUUAGGUCCACCUCCUGACAAUGAUGAUGUUAUUAACGACUUUGAUAUUGAAGAUGAAGUAGUUGAAGUAGAAAAUAGGGAGGAAAACCUACUGAAAAUUUCCCGCAGAGUAAAAGAGUACAAAGUGGAAAUUUUGAAUCCUCCCAGGGAAGGGAAAAAACUUUUGGUACUAGAUGUUGAUUAUACAUUAUUUGACCAUAGGUCUUGUGCAGAGACUGGGGUAGAAUUAAUGCGGCCAUAUCUUCAUGAAUUCCUAACAUCUGCAUAUGAGGAUUAUGACAUUGUUAUUUGGUCUGCAACAAAUAUGAAGUGGAUUGAAGCUAAAAUGAAAGAGCUGGGAGUGAGUACAAAUGCAAAUUACAAGAUAACCUUCAUGUUGGACAGUGCUGCUAUGAUAACAGUGCAUACUCCAAGGAGAGGAUUAAUAGAUGUAAAGCCUCUUGGUGUUAUAUGGGGAAAGUUUUCGGAGUUUUACAGCAAAAAAAACACCAUCAUGUUUGAUGACAUAGGAAGAAAUUUUCUAAUGAACCCACAGAAUGGACUAAAGAUAAGACCUUUUAUGAAAGCACACCUAAAUCGAGAUAAAGACAAAGAACUUUUAAAAUUAACCCAGUACCUCAAGGAAAUAGCAAAGUUAGAUGACUUUUUGGACCUAAAUCACAAAUAUUGGGAAAGGUAUCUCUCAAAGAAGCAAGGACAGUAGUUACAAGCUAUACUGGCAGUUAUUGAAGAUACUUGAGAUCCAUGAACUUCUUUUUGCUUUUAUGCUAAAGAUCAUUAUGAUAGUGCUGGACACUGCAGCAAAUAUCAGACUGCUUAUACUUGGUCUUCCAGUUUUUUGUAAAUUUAAUUUUAUAUUUUUUGAAGAUCAUAGCAAUACGCCAAAAAAAACAAAAAACAAAAAACACCUUUUUCCCCCUGUAUGAAUAUACUGUAACUCUUGAAAAAUAUUUUCUCCAGCAUAGAGUACUAAAUUUUAUUCCCCACACACACACAAAAAGUGGACAAAAAUGUAUGCUUAACAAUGUCAUUUUGUGACUUUGGAAGUAUGUCUUGUGUUUUUGUCUCACUGUGUUGUUGUCUAAGCCCAAACCCACCUUGAAACUACUGUUUUUAAAACCAAAAAAAGAAAAGUUUUUAGUAAGGAACCUAGUUUAGUAUGCUUAAAACCACCGAGAGUUUUUCUUAUUCCUUUGUCAUAAACACAAUUUCUCUUAUUACUCCACUACUUACAUCUCUAAAUUCUGAGCUGUCUCAGUUUGGUGUGUAUGUGUGUCAGUGUUCUUUGAGUAAAACUGGAAAACGUCUGCUCUGAUACAGAUAUGUCAUAGUGUGACAAAUAGAAAACAUGAGAUUGAGGAAUGAAACUAAGGAACAAGAGUGUGUUUCUUUGUGGUGGCCAAGUAGAAGCACUCCUGCCUAAAACCGUUGUCCUAAAAGAAGUUAAAGGCAGUACAUUUUAAAAUGGGACUUAUCACUGAUUCAGUCCUAAAAAGCAUGAACAAAAAGUUUUUGUUCUGUUCCAGCUCUGUCUUCUCUAAGUGCAAACACUGUGUUGCAGUGAAAAUAUCUAGCCAUAAGAUUUUUAAAAAAAUUUAUUUGCAAUGCUUAUGCCUGCAGAUACGUAAUAUGAUCACUGUUUUGUGUUGACAGUAUUGCUUUAUACAGUUCUUCUAUUUGAAAGGAAUCUGAUUCUUUCAAAUAAACAUGGUAUGUAUUGUUCUUACGGGGGACUAUUUCAGUGGUGUAAAUAAUAAAUUCCUUUUCUUAAAACAUCAGUUAUCUGCUCUAUAUUAUCCCAAAUAUUUUGCCUCUUUGUUGAAUCAUGAAACAAACACUAGGUUCGGGCAGGCAUCUCUUGAAAAAAAUUAAAUGUGUAUGGUUUAAAAGUUUGGGAACCCCUAAUUAAGAUGAUUCAAUGAAAACAUCUUAAUUAUGAGGCUCAAUUUAAAUAUUUAAGGAUCGAAUACAAUUUUUUAAAGCAUUUAAUUGGCACAUUUUCCCAGUGUGAAAAGUAGUUUAUUAUUCCAAGGUAAGGCUUUAUCUUUUUAAAAAAACUGAACACUUAAAACUAUUUAUAUAGGUUGAUGAAGAGCAAACAUUUUCUAAAUCAGUAUAAACUGAACUACAAAAAUUAGCAAGCCUCAGGAAGCAAAGCAAAGUAGGUUCUAAAAAAAAAUAUUUUCUGCCAUUAGGUGGUGCCCAAACCAAAGUUUAUUAGCUGGUAUGCUAAAUUAAGCAGUCCUGGGAGAACAUUGUCAUUGUCAGCUUAUUGAAAUCACAUGUGCUUGUGUGGUUAAUUCAUAGAGUGUGAGAGUUUUAGUGUGUCUUGUGCGUCUCAUAAUUUAUUGAACAGAUCUAUCUCUGUAUUUCUAUGUAUGUGGCGUACACAGCAGAACCAGGAGAUGACAAUUCAGAUUCAUGUUCUAGUGAAACAGCAAAUUAGUUUUAUGAUAUACAUGUUCCAGACUUACAAACAAUUAGUGCCUAAUAAAGUAUAUUUAAUCUAAAAACUGCAGAACAUCAUUAAAUCUUUGAUUUAGAAGGCAGUUUGAGACCUGGUAGCCCCUCAGGUCCUUUAUGAAAAUCAAGUUAUUGGAUUAAUGAUACCUGUAGGACUUACUCAGUUUUAAAGGUAAAGAAUAGAUAAGCAGGUCAUUACAGUAAGGAACUGCAACAUGAUCUUCAUUCAUAGAAAGGAAAAUGGUUGUCUUUUGCGGGGAGGAGGUAGAGCUGUGUGGGAAUAGGGGUUGGUAAAGAAGGGUAUGCACAACAACAACACAUGGGAAAAUGCAAAUUAUAUAGGGUAUUUCUUGGUUUUUAAAUGACAGUUAGUUGCCAAGAAUAGUAAUAAAAUAUGUGAAUAGUGAAUAAACUGGUUGAGGAUUUUUCUCAUCCCAAGCAAUCAACAACUCGAGGAACAAAUUGUUAGUUUUCCCUAAAGUAUUGAUACAUCAAAAUUUAUU